AUGGAGCAUUUGAGGUACUUCAACACCAAAAUGGUCAUUGGCGGGGCGACAAAUGCGGUGAAAUGUAGAUUGUUGCCAUCAACAUUUAAGGGCAUGGCAAUGCAAUGGUUUAUUAAGCAGCCACCUUUCUCAAUUGACAAUUUUUUAUCUACUAAAUUCUUAACUCAAUUCUCAGCCAACAAUACCACAAAAGCAACUAUUUUUGACGUAAUCAAUAUAAAUCAACAACCGGGUGAGAAACUUAAAACAUACAUGGCGAGAUUCAACAAGAUGGUUGUUCAGCCGGAGGAGGAUAGCCCCGAUGUGUGUGUGGCAUCCUUCAAAAACGGACUUCGUGCAGGACCUUUGAAUCGCGAUUUGACAAGGCGCCCGGCGCGCGAUAUGAUGGACUUACGAGCCAGAGUUCAAGAAUUUAUCUUGAUAGAGCAAGAUGAUCAAAACAAGAAGGAAAGGGAAGAUUGGAGAAAAGGUGCCCAUCCAGGCACUGUUCCACCAGAAAAGCCCAAGGCGGGAAAAGACGCAAGGCCAGCAUUCACUCCAUGCCAGCCAAGACCUGGCCCAUAUCAGGAUUCCAAACCGGGCUUCCAAAGCAACACUUGGCACAGGAAUUCCCAAGGAGCCUCCCCCACUCCGGCGACUCAGCCAGCUGCCUCACCAAAUGCAGCCCCACUGACCAAACUAAAUGCGCCUUUGAGCACAAUAUUGAGGGCUGUGGGUCAGACGAAUGUUGUGCAAUACCCACCACCGCCAAGGCGACCCCCAUCUAAUGUCGAUACUAACAGGUGGUGUGAAUUCCACAAAGCUUUAGGGCACACCACUGACAACGGUUGGACCUUGCGACGGGAGAUCGAUCGAUUGAUUAAGGCAAGACAUUUGGCAAAUUUUGUUAAGGAUGCGUCAACACAAGAGCUCGCCAAGGCGACUCGGGGUGAGAAAGGAAAAGGCAAGGAAGUGGUGGAAGAAUUAGGCGGUCCUGUGGGUGAAUGCUCAUCUAUAGCAGGCGAAUUUGGUGGCGGUGAGAUCUCCAGUAAAGCCAGAAAAAGAUAUGUAGCUGCGGUGCACUCGGUGCACGAGGCAUAUGAAGGAGCAUGUUGGUUGAAUCACUCACCGAUCACAUUCUCCCCUCAAGAUUUUGCUCAUGUAAUCCCACAUGACAAUGAUCUGAUAGUGGUAACAAUCAGAGUUAACAAUUACAAAACAAAGAAAGUAUUUUUGGACCAGGGAUCCUCGGCUGACAUUAUUUAUGGUGACGCAUUCGAUCGCAUGGGUCUAAAAGAAUCAGAUCUCAAACCAUAUUUAGGAACUCUGGUUGGAUUCACUGGUGAUCGUGUCAAUGUGCGAGGCUAUGUGGAAAUCCCAACUGCUUUUGGAGAAAGGGAAUUAGUCAAAAAAAUUCAAGUCAAGUAUUUGGUAUUAGCAUGUCGUGCAAAUUAUAACGCCCUCAUAGGGCGAGACACUCUCAACAAGUUAUGUGCUGUAAUAUGA